CGGGGCGGGGCCGCGGGACCCGGAAGUAAUUAGGGAGCUCGGCGGACAAGUCGGAGUCUGAGUUGUUGACAGCCGUUUCUCUGCCCUCGCUGGUCCUGGCGCUGCCAGCGCCGCCGCCGCCGCCGCCGUCAUGGGGAAGCGACAGCAUCAGAAGGACAAGAUGUAUAUUACCUGUGCUGAAUACACUCACUUCUAUGGUGGCAAGAAACCAGAUAUCCCACAAGCAAAUUUUCGUCGUUUACCUUUUGAUCACUGCAGUCUCUCUCUGCAGCCCUUUGCCUACCCGGUCUGCACCCCUGAAGGCAUCGUCUUUGACUUGCUUAACAUCGUCCCUUGGCUUAAGAAGUAUGGGACCAACCCCAGCAACGGAGAGAAACUGGAUGGGAGGUCCCUGAUCAAGCUGAACUUUGCAAAGAACAAGGAAGGAAAGUACCACUGCCCAGUGCUGUUCACCGUAUUCACCAACAACACCCACAUCGUAGCCAUCAGGACCACCGGCAACGUGUACACCUAUGAGGCAGUGGAGCAGCUAAAUAUCAAGGCCAAGAACUUCCGAGACCUGCUGACAGACGAGCCCUUCUCUCGGCAGGAUAUCAUCACCCUCCAGGACCCCACCAAUUUGGACAAAUUCAAUGUCUCCAACUUCUUUCAUGUUAAGAAUAACAUAAAAAUAACAGAUCCAGAUGAAGAGAAGGCAAAACAGGACCCGUCUUAUUAUUUGAAAAAUACAAAUGCCGAGACCCGAGAGACACUGCAGGAGCUCUACAAGGAGUUCAAAGGAGACGAGGUCCUGGCGGCCACCAUGAGAGUCCCGGAGAAGAAGAAAGUAGACAAGCUGAACGCUGCACACUAUUCCACCGGGAAAGUCAGCGCCUCCUUCACGUCCACCGCCAUGGUUCCAGAGACCACACAUGAAGCAGCUGCCAUUGAUGAGGACGUGCUGCGCUACCAGUUUGUGAAGAAGAAGGGCUACGUGCGGCUUCACACCAACAAGGGCGACCUCAACCUGGAGCUGCACUGCGACAUGACGCCAAAGACCUGUGAGAACUUCAUCAAGCUCUGCAAGAAGCAGUAUUACGAUGGCACCAUCUUCCACAGAUCCAUCAGGAACUUUGUGAUCCAGGGGGGUGAUCCCACCGGCACAGGGACAGGUGGGGAGUCGUACUGGGGAAAGCCCUUCAAAGACGAGUUCCGGCCCAAUCUCUCGCACACGGGCCGGGGCGUCCUCAGCAUGGCCAACUCGGGACCCAACGCCAACAAGUCUCAGUUCUUUAUCACCUUCCGCUCCUGCGCGUACCUCGACAAGAAGCACACCAUCUUCGGGCGGGUUGUCGGGGGCUUUGACACACUGACAGCCAUGGAGAAUGUGGAGAGUGACCCCAAAACUGACCGCCCUAAGGAGGAGAUCCGCAUCGACUCCACCACCGUGUUUGUGGACCCAUAUGAGGAGGCUGACGCUCAGAUUGCCGAGGAGCGGAAGAGGACACAGCUUGAGGAGGCAGCGGCCCCGGAAAGCACAGUGAAAACCCGCCAGCCCAAGCCGGGGAGCCAGGGGCCCCAGACGUACCGCCAGGGGGUGGGCAAGUACAUCAACCCAGCAGCCACGAAACGUGUAGCAGAGGAAGAGCCCUCAACCAGUACAGCUGUGCCUGUGGCCAAGAAGAAGCCCAGCCGAGGCUUUGGGGACUUCAGCUCAUGGUAGCAGCAGGUCUGCCCCUCUGGAUCCCCGGGGGGGACUGGGGGCCGGGGGCCUGUGUCCACAACCCCGUGUUUCCUGCCUCGUCACCUGCCCGUCUGACGACACCUCGCUAAAGCUCUUGCUUGUUGCCUGAGGCCCCCUUCCUGUGGCCCGCAGACCAGCCAGCAGUGUGGGCGAGGAGGGCCCCCGACUCUGGCUUUCCCACCCUCCCCCACCCCGGCUGUCGUCGUCUCAGGGACUGUACUCAGUGUAUCACCUGGGACCUGGUUACACACACAGAAUCGCAAACCCCGGACCUUCCGAUCUGGGGACUCGGGGCAGGCUCUGCGCUCUGCUGACACACCUUGGGGGGCUCUCGCUGCCAGUGGCUUGAGGACCCUGCAUGGGAGCCUUGCCAUUAGUUUCUAAAACCUCUUCUGCUGCCUCUUGCCUGGACUCACUGGGGCCUGGCCACCCACCCAGCAGGGACUCUGGGUGGUCACAGCCAUGUUCCCCGUGGGCCUGCUCUGGCCAGCCCAGGUGCGGGCUGCACCCAGGACUUCCUGCCUCUCUGCCUCAGGACAGGCACAGGAGCGCCCGUGGAGCAGCUCUCCGGUUCCUGCUGCUACUGAUGGAUGCGCCGAAGGCCCUGCCCAGCUGGCGUGACCCCCCUUCCACCCUCAGGGUCCCUCCUUGGCUCAAACACUUGACCCCUUGCCCUAGCACUAGGGCUUCCAGACCAGCCUCACCAGCGUUUCUGGACUUAAAAAAUCCCUUCCCUUUUUAUUUUUCUAUGUCUUAAAAAAAAAACUUAGCACUUGCUUGCCUGCCCUUUCUCACUAACUGUUCAUUCUGGAGCGUGUGCCUGCGUGGCUUCCACGUUCUCGACACUGACACCACUACCUCGGCCUUCCCAAAGCACCUCUACAGGAGCGUGGGGAUAGCUGUCCACCCCUCACCCCCACUCCCAAGACCUAGUCCUCGAGUCAGCAUAGGCCACAACCCCCUCCAGCUUGUCACACUAUCGUUCUGAGGCUCUGUCCCCGGUUCUUCCCCUCGCCCAAACCUCAGAUCCAUCAGUGAGUGUCAGUAGUGGCUCCAGAAUUUACCUGGGCUCUGCUUUUUCCCAUCUUGGAUGCUGAAACCCCAGACCCACGCCUUGUCUCACCUGCCUCUGUUCAAGUCCCUUGCACACACCCACACAGAUGCCAUCUGGGUCACCUUCCCAGAGCUCGUCAGCCUGUUGGCAUUUUGCUUCCCAGCAGUCAGUGGCUCGCCUCCGUGUGAGAACAAGGUCUGUGCCCCCCACGCACCGUGCCCUCUGCAUACCCUGCCUGUGAGUGCAGCCAGGGCCUGGGGCUCUACGGUGACCACUCAGCCCUCUGUGCCCAUGGCCAGGCCUGGCCCUCUUCUUCACAACCUCAUCACGACCCCUCCCGGCUACAUCCAGACAUCUGAUAGCUGGUGAAACGCUUGUGUCCCAGUGUCUGUGCCCAAAAUGCCUCCAAGAUCCGGGUUCACCCAGGAGGAGAGGGCUGCGUGUGGUGACAGCCAAGUGAACACACUUGCAGGCCACCAAGUAGUUGCUGGUGGCUCUGGGUGCGGGCAGAGGCCCUGGAGAGGGGGUGUCCCAGAAGGCUUCCCCUGCAGCCUUUGGGGGAGGGGGAGCCCAGGUGACCAGACCAGAGCCACCACAGGAGCUCGGAGACCCUGACCCAACACUCCCAGCAGGAAGCCGGGGCUGUCGGCCGAGAGCAGAGUGCCCGGGACAGGACGUGCGACUGAGAAGGACAGGUCUGACAUUGGAAGCUUUAUUGUUCAACCUCACACAGACACAGAGGACGGAGGGCUGGACAUGGAGGCUGAAGGAGGCUUGUGCACGUGAGCUUGGCAGUCCUGCUCAAAGGGGCAAACCUUCGGACUGCUGUCCAUCUGUCCGUCCCUCCAGCUGCGCCCAGUGGCCACACUCACCUGGCCCCAGGCAGGCCCGGGCCACCCUGGCUGCAGAUCCACCCAAGGGUCUUUGACAAACAAGGGUUUACAUUUCUGUAGGUUGUUCUGGAAUUUAGUUUUCUAGAUAUUAAAACCACUCAGAUUUUGUAAGUACCUGGUGAGGUCACCAGGUAAAUUAAAGGACUUUUGGAAAAAUUC